GGGCGGGCCUGGACCUGGGGAGUGAAAGCGAAAGCCCGGGCGACUAGCCCGGAGACCAGAGAUCUAGCGACUUGAAGCAGCAUGGCCAAGCCGUGUGGGGUUCGCCUGAGCGGGGAGGCCCGCAAACAGGUGGAAGUCUUCAGGCAGAAUCUUUUCCAGGAGGCUGAGGAAUUCCUCUACAGAUUCUUGCCACAGAAAAUCAUAUACCUGAAUCAGCUCUUGCAAGAGGACUCCCUCAAUGUGGCUGACCUGACCUCCCUCCGGGCCACACUGGACAUCCCCAUCCCAGAUCCUCCACCCAAGGAUGAUGAGAUGGAAACAGAUAAGCAGGAGAAGAAAGAAGUCCCUAAGUGUGGAUUUCUCCCUGGGAAUGAGAAGGUCCUGUCCCUGCUUGCCCUGGUUAAGCCAGAAGUCUGGACUCUCAAAGAGAAAUGCAUUCUGGUAAUCACAUGGAUCCAGCACCUGAUCCCCAAGAUUGAAGAUGGAAAUGAUUUUGGGGUAGCAAUCCAGGAGAAGGUACUGGAGAGGGUGAAUGCUGUCAAGACCAAAGUGGAAGCUUUCCAGACAACCAUUUCCAAGUACUUCUCAGAACGUGGGGAUGCUGUGGCCAAGGCCUCCAAGGAGACUCAUGUGAUGGAUUACCGGGCCUUGGUGCACGAGCGAGAUGAGGCAGCCUAUGGGGAGCUCAGGGCCAUGGUGCUGGACCUGAGGGCCUUCUAUGCUGAGCUUUAUCAUAUCAUAAGCAGCAACCUGGAGAAAAUUGUCAACCCAAAGGGUGAAGAGAAGCCAUCUAUGUACUGAACCCAGGACUAGAAGGAAAAUAAAUGACCCAAUAAAGGAC